AUGGAUGGGAGUACCUUCUGCAGUGUUCAAGAAACACUGGAUCUCUGUCUUUGGCAACAUCGUCCUCGAAAUCUGCAGCAAUCCCUGGAAAACCUUCACAACUUCUUUUUCUCAGGUAAGUCAGUAGAGCAUAGCUCUACACUGCUGGCUCUGUAUGAGGCUAGAGAGCUGCUGCAGGCCUUCGGCUGCAGGUCAGACUACGAUGGGCGUGUCCGACCGGCCCUCGCCUCCCUGAACACCCUGCUGCAGAGGAUACUCCCUCAGCCAGAGAAAGUCUCAGAGGAGACCCACACCAGUGACGGUGACACCCUCAUGGCAGAAGAGGAGGAGGAGGAGGAAGAGAAACAGACCAAGCCUGCUCGGGUGUCACACCAGGAAGUGUGGGUGAUGUUUGAGAACAUCUGGAACKAUGUGUGUGGGAUCAGCUCWGCUGUGUUCGCCGCUCUCCGCUUUGACCCGGGCGCCAUAGAAACCAACCAGCCAGUAGAGGGUCCUCCCCUUCCCCAGGACGCCCUCUCCUGUCUGCACAGACUGUCUACUGCUGUCAAACAACUGCUACAGGCCUUUACCAGGGUUCUGUCAACAGACAGCUGUCUAGAAGAUGCCCAGGCUCUCCUCUCCUUCAUCCACUCCAGUGAGAUUGCUGCCAUGGAGCCCAGGUUCACUGCCAAAGACCUGUUGGACUGUCUCUCACAGCACGAGUACAGGGAGAAGCUGUGUGUGGGGGGACCCAGUUGGCAGAGCUGAACGUCAGUCUAGAGCGUGCGCUGAGGUCACGUCCCGGCAGGUCACACCAAGCACCUGGCCCUGAUUGGACCACAACAAGGAAGUUUGGACUAAAACAUCCUACCAGAGGCCUCAAAUGCAUCAUAUCACAACUCAACAACUUUACUUGAAGCCACUGUUUUCAUAUAGAGCUGACCUAUUUCAUUCAGCACCUUUUCUGACUUAAUUUAGUUUCUUGUGUGUGGAUGUUGGUGUAGAGCAGUGGUCACCAACCGGUCGAUCAAGGCAUUCCUAGUGAUCACCAAACAUUUCUGUAAAAACCCAAUGAUAAAGCCUUGUGUUCCUAUUUCUUAUUUAUGGCUGCUGCUUCCCAAAUGCCCCAUAGGGCUCUGGUCUAAAGUAGUGCACUAUAUAGGAAUAGGGCUCUGGUCUAAAGUAGUACACUAUAUA